AUGAGUCGAGAUCGAUUUUUGCAAAUAAAGAAAUACUUACACGUCGUCGACAAUACUACUCAAUCAAAUCAACAAGAUCCUGAAUAUGAUCGAGCCUUCAAAAUUCGGCCAUUAUUAAACAUUAUCAAAGAAAACUUUCGAAAAAUUCCAAAAGAAGAAAAUCUAUCUGUUGAUGAACAAAUUAUACCUUUCAAAGGUAAAAGUAUUAUGAAACAACAUAUGCCCAACAAACCUCAUCGUUGGGGAUAUAAAAUGUUUUUAUUAGCAGGUGGUGCAAGUGGUAUUUGCUAUGAUUUUAUUUUUUAUACUGGCAAAGCUAAUGAACCAAAAUAUGGAUUUUGUACAGAUAUUGUUCUAAAACUUUGUGAAACUGUACCACGUAUGAUGAACCACAAGCUUUACUUUGAUAAUUAUUUUACUACUAUAUCAUUACAAGUGCAGUUAAAGAAACUAGGAAUCUUUUCUGUUGGUACAGUUCGAUCAAACAGAUUACCAGAUCUGGUUAUGAAAAAUGCCAAGAAUUUACAAGAAGAAGGUCGAGGUUCAAUGGACUAUCGCAUUGCGCAAGUUGAUGGUGUAGAAUUGUGUGCUACACGAUGGUACGACAACAAUUUGGUAAAUUGUCUUUCAACAUUGUACGGUUGUGAAUUAACUGAUUUAGUAAAAAGAUGGUCAUCAUCACAGAAGAAACAUAUUCAAGUAGUACGACCAAAUGUUAUUAAGAUUUAUAAUCAAUACAUGGGAGGCGUCGAUCUGAUUGACAUGCUGGUAUCCUUAUAUCGAAUAAACAUCCGCUCAAAAAAGUACUACAUGAAAGUUAUUUUUCAUCUUAUUGAUCUGUCGAUUGUUAACGGUUGGUUAUUAUAUCGUCGCCACUGUUCUCAACUUGGUAUGCACAAGAACGAAAUCCGUUCGUUAUUACAAUGCCGGGUGGAAGUUGCUGAAGCUUUACUGAAGCCAAUUACACCUAAAUGCUCAGCUCAACAAGGUCGACCAAGUGUACGUCUUCGAUCAAAACAGAACAGUCCAUCCAAAAAUUUACGAUCUCCAUCCGUUCAACCUCCACUAAUCAAUACUCGACUUGAUGGUUUUCAUCAUUGGCCGAUGACAACAGUCAAAGGACGUUGUCGUUAUCCUGGAUGCUUCGCUUCACUCUCAGUAAACAUAAGAGCUUAA